CGCCGGCUCUCUUCCCUCCCCACGAAUCGGAAUUUCUCCUCUCCCGCCGCCACCCCACCCCGCCCCACCUCCGCCGUGACGCUUCCUCCUGGAUCCACCGAUUCGCGGCUUCGAUUCCCUUCAUUUGGACUCCCGCGUUAGGACUAGCUGGGGCUGCCGGAUCCAUCGGCCGAGCAUGGAGCCUUCAGCACAGGGAGAGCCCUCUACUUCUGCAUCGGUUGACGAUAGCCAAUCAGUCAAUAGGGCUGAAGAUUUACAACUCUUCCCCACUAUCCCAGCAUUAAACCAAGCUGCGUCCAAUCUUGCCGAAAUAGCUUCAUAUUUUACCCAGUGCCUCCCAGUGCCUGGUUAUGCAGGAAUACCCGAGGAAGGCCAAGAACUAGCAAUACUUCCGCCUGUCUCGACUUCUGGCAGGCCUGCUCUUCAGACUUCUUCUGCGGAGUUGGAUGGCAGUAGCUUGUCUACCACUGAAAUAAAUAUCAGUGGAAGUACCUCUCAGGAAACCUCAGGGCAGAUGGCACCAUUUGGUGUUUUUCAGAAUGGAGCUUCACUAUUUCAAGGUCUCGUAGACCGUGCUCGGAAAACUGUACGUGGUUCAGCAGAUGAUAUUGGAUGGCUCCAGCGUAUUCAAAGCUUACCUUCAACUGAGGAUGGGACGACCAGAUUUUUGGAGAUUCUUGACUCUGUGAGAAAAAAUGAGCACAAGCUACCUGAUUCGGUGGUGUAUUUGUUAGUUCCAGGUUUAUUUAGUAACCAUGGGCCACUGUACUUUGUGAAGACAAAAGCAUACUUCUCUAAGAUGGGUCUGGUUUGUCACAUUGCCAAAAUUCACAGUGAGUCUUCAGUAAGUAAAAACGCAAGGGAGAUAAAGGAAUACAUUGAAGAAAUAUACUGGGGAUCAAGGAAACGUGUGCUGCUUCUUGGUCAUAGCAAGGGUGGUGUGGAUUCAGCGGCAGCUCUGUCACUCUACUGGCCACAACUGAAAGACAAGGUUGCAGGUCUGGUAAUAGCUCAAAGCCCAUACGGAGGAAGCCCAGUCGCUUCAGAUAUCCUGAGAGAGGGGCAACUUGGUGACUAUGUCAUGUUACGCAAAGUUAUGGAGAUUUUGGUUUCCAAAGUCCUCAAGGGUGAUUUGCAGGCCCUGGAAGAUCUGACAUACGAAAGGAGGAAAGAAUUUCUGUCGCAGCACCCGUUGCCCCCCGAGGUUCCAGUCGUAUCAUUCCACACAGAGGCAAGCAUCACCCCAAGUGUACUGACAGCCCUCUCUCAUGUCGCACACGUGGAGCUCCCAGCCACUGCCGGCAACCCUGCGAGGAUCCCGGUCGUGAUGCCGCUUUCAGCUGCACUAGCAGCAUGCUCACAGGUGCUGGUGGCAAGGUACGGUGAGAAGAGCGACGGUCUUGUGACAAGGAAGGAUGCCGAGGUUCCUGGAUCACUGGCGGUCCGACCAGAGCGGAAGCUGGACCACGCGUGGAUGGUGUAUUCUUCGAUGAACGAGGAGCCCGGAGAUCAGGCAGACACGUCGCAGGUGUGCGAAGCCCUGCUGACUCUGCUCGUCGAGGUUGCGCAGAAACGGAGGCAUGAGUCAGCCAUGAAAGACGAAUAAGGAACAUGUUAGAGCUGUCCUGGUAGAUUUAUGUAACUGUAGAUUGACUAGGUUGUUGGCUUUAGGGAACUGUGUUUGGAAACCAGAUCCUAUCAUCCUAUCAUUUGUUGAAAACUGGUUCUGGUCUUCUGGUUAAGGAAAGGGAAGUGUUUUUUUUUUUUUUUGAGAUCAGGAAAGGGAAGUGUCAAUAAUCAGUACACGUGUGAUCUGCCCGUCACACUUGUCCAACUGUCCAAGUAAGCUUUUUUGUACGUC